UGAUCCUGAAUGCAAAAAUUGAUUUAUUACAGGUGAUCACAAGGGAGGUCCCAGAAGCCUGGAUAAUAGUCAAUGAUAUUCCUUUGUUUAAGACGACAACGGAGAUAAUCUUGGAAACCACAAGCUGGAAAUUCCGAGGACUGAGAGGAAUCCAAUGGAAAACUCACCUGGGCUGCUGAACUCAUUAACGCCCCCAACGUUGAUGGUGCUGGCAUCUACGACAGAAAGUACCAGCGGUACCACCACACUCUGCCAGCAGCCCCGAACCUUCACGGUGCCAGUCACCAUGGAGAAAGCCCAGGUUCCUUUCCUGGGUCCCACCUACACGUUGGCACCCAUGUAUCAUCAAGCUGAACGGUCCAACGUAGAGUACCCGGUCCCGCUCCUCCACCUGCACCCGCAGUUUGGCAUGCUGGGAUAUGGCACCAUUCAGUCCUUCCCACCUUUUCAGGAGAUGGAGCGUUACGGGCCUGCCUACCUCACCUCAAAGAGACUGAAGCAGCCUCCGAGCGUGGAGCCUCCGCAAAUCAGGUACCUCGCCUCAGACCGAGACUUCAAAAAAUACCGGGCUGACCUCUCCAGCGGUUCCCUGGCAACUACAAAACGUGACCCCGCCAGAGGACCAGGGAGCACCUCCAGCUCUCACGUUCUGUGGAAGAACCCCCAGCCAGGUAGCAAUAAAAAUGCUAAGACCACACAUGACUGCUCCACAUUUCUACGGUGCCCGCUGUGCCAGGAGGAGCUAAAACGAGGAGAUCUCCAGCAACAUCUACAGCACGAACUGGAGAGACUAACCGCAGUCAACCCCAGCUGUGAGGAGGACCACCCAAAGGAGAGUACAUCGCUGCUACUGAUGCAGUCUCCUCCCAUUAAGGAAGAGAUGGAGUCUCCCAGUGGGUCGCCAGUGUCCACAGAUCAGAGCCAUCAUUUGGAAAGACAGCAGACUUUCCAACAAGUAAAAAUUAACAGAGAGAGUCGGCUCAAUGCGAGGGUGAAGAGGUGCAAGCGGAUCAGACCCUCAGACGAAGAUCAGAUCGACGGUCCCUAUUCUAAGGAGCCGAGGUUCCUGGACACAGAGGAAGAAAGCCCAAGUGGGACACACUAUGUGGAAUAUGCAUGGCACAGCCUGGGCAGAAACAGCACACCGCACAUCCUUGGGCUGAGAGGAUCGAGUUCUUACACCACACAGAGUCUGACAAGUAGAGACAGCGAUGGGGAUCUCGAUACUGACGGAGAUGAGCCGCCAAUAUUCACUAAGUUCAAAUGCUCAGCUGCAGAUGGCCCGAAUGGCCAGGCACAGAAGCUGAUGGAAGCAGAGGACAGAUGCCUGGACAGUGUGGUGAUGAGGAUGGUUAACCCAGAGGACGAUGGAGACAUGACCUCAGAAAUCCUGAAGGCACGAAUCAGUGAGCUCACACACAAGCUGUUGCAGAGGGAAACCUACAGGUGCCACGUGUGUACGGGAUCGUACUCAGUGCCCUUGGCAUCAAUCCAAUGUUGGCACAUUCACUGUGAAGCAUGCUGGCUUCGAACACUGGGGUCAAGGAAGCUGUGCCCUCAGUGUAACACCAUCACAUCGCCAAGUGACCUACGCAGAAUCUACCUGUAGGAGAUCCCACUGUAUCCCAGGAACAGUGACCCCAGUUUCCCCGGAUCAGAACGGCCCUCUGUCUGGGCUCUCUGCAGUGAUCAAGCCGGAUUGAUUGUGCUUUCCAGUCAGAAGGCCAAAGGCUUCGCUCUGUGGUUUCAAUAAACUAGCAAAUCUAAU